GGGGCGCGCGUGUCCCGGUGCGCGUGGGUACGAGUGCGCGCGCGUGUCCAAGUGCCCGUGGAUGUCCGUGCGCGCGCGAGUCCAGCUGCGCGUGGAUGUCCGUGCGCGCGAAGCAGCUGGCGGCUCGGAGGAGGAAGAGGAGGAGGAAGAAGAGGAGGAGGAGGAGAAGGAGGAGGAGCGGAGCCUGGGACAAAGUGAGCCAGAGUCCAGGCCCCGGCGGCGGCGGCGGCGGCGGCGGCGGCGGCGGGAGACGAACCCAGGACGCGCCUCCAGGAGGGGAGAGGAGCGAGGACCGGAGAACAGCCGUAACACACAUUACAAAUAUUAAAAGUUAAAACUGUUUGUUUCCGGAGAAGUUUGAAAUGACCACCGACUGUCUCGGAUGCUGAUCAGAAUUAAGACGACGUCGCCCUCAGAUUAAUGAAGAGACGCGGUGCCAGGUGCCGCCGGCUUUAGUAAGACCUGAAGUCACUACCCGCGCAUCCCGAGAGCGUUGGGACCGGAUGCAGGCGGCUCAGGAGGAGCGGGAUGCGGUCGCGAGGAUGCCAAGAUGUCCAGGAGACACCCUGGCCUGAUGGACAGACGCGGUGACUGCAGCCCUCCUGAGAACAGUGUCCGCAAGAUACAGCCUCCCGGGGCGUGGGGGGUGGGGGGGCGGCGCGAGGUUUGGCUCAACGGGCCGGGGGCACUGUGCGAAGCCCCUCCCGAUGUUUCAGGUUAUAAGUGAAUUCUGACAUCAAAAUCGCGCUUACCUGAGUGUUGCUUCUCGUCACUCAUGUCCCGCGGGGACCGUCACGACCCUCCCUGCCUGAUCGCUAGGAACCCAUCCCAGAGCGUCCUCUUGCAGACUCUCCCCUUUCAGACCAAGUGAAAACUACUCGUGUCCCUCCCGCUCCAAACUUUAACAGCCAAGAAUUUCAGCAAACAGCCAGAAAGAAAAGCUAAGUCCCCCCCCCACCCCCCAGCCAAGGGAAGGGAGGGAAUAAGCACUCCUUUAAUUUGAAAAAUAAUAAUUAAAACUCCCUCAACUUUUAAGGCCAGGCAACAUAAUCUAUUAAUUGGUCACUAUUAACAUGCAGUUUUAUUGACCAUAGCACACAGAAGUCUGAUUGUGAAG